UCCUGGUUCUUCUUGCUUCUGCCCUGCGCUGAUUGGGGCUCGCGGCGUUCCAAAGGGGCGGGCUCACGGGGGGAUUUAAACUGCAGCUGACCGCAAGGCUCGGAAAGGCUCUCGUUCUGCUGAGAUAGCCUGGUGCCACGUGGUGAGGUCGCUCCGGAGUUUUCAACAACUUCAUUGUGAUAAGAAAAUGUCUGUCCUUGAAAGACUUUUUCAGCACAUUGAUGAACACCAGGAUCUCUAUGUUCAGCGGCUGGCCCAAUGGGUGGCAAUCCAGAGUGUGUCGGCAUGGCCCGAGAAGAGGGAUGAAAUCAAACGAAUGAUGGAAGUUGCUGCCAAGGACAUCGAGCGGCUGGGUGGCACAACUCAACUGAUGAAUAUUGGCACCCAAAAGCUCCCUGAUGGAUCAGAGAUCCCACUGCCUCCAAUUAUUCUCGGCAAACUUGGCUCAGAUCCACAAAAGAAAACAGUGUGUGUUUAUGGGCAUCUGGAUGUCCAACCUGCAGCCCUGGACGAUGGCUGGGACAGUGAACCCUUCACCUUGGUAGAAAGAGAUGGAAAACUGUACGGGCGAGGGUCAACAGAUGACAAAGGUCCAGUGCUUGCCUGGCUGAAUGCCCUAGAAGCUUAUCAACAAACUAAACAGGAAAUCCCAGUGAACAUCAAGUUCUGUCUGGAAGGCAUGGAGGAGUCUGGCUCUGAAGGCCUAGAUGAACUGAUUUUUGCUCAAAAAGACACUUUCUUCAAAGAUGUGGACUAUGUUUGCAUCUCUGACAACUACUGGCUAGGCAAGAAGAAGCCCUGUAUUACAUAUGGCCUCAGGGGAAUCUGCUACUUUUUCAUAGAGGUGGAAUGCAGUGACAAAGACCUUCACUCUGGAGUUUAUGGCGGCUCAGUACAUGAGGCCAUGACCGAUCUCAUUGCUCUGAUGGGCUCUCUGCUGGAUAAGAGGGGGGAAAUCCUCAUUCCUGGCAUUAAUGAAGCAGUGGUGCCAGUCACUGAUGAGGAGCUGGAGUUGUAUCAGAAGAUUGACUUUGACCUGAAGGAAUAUGCAAAAGAUGUGGGAGCAACGAAACUACUGCAUGACACAAAGAAAGAUAUCCUAAUGCACAGGUGGAGAUACCCAUCCUUAUCUCUCCACGGAAUUGAAGGAGCCUUCUCUGCAUCAGGAGCCAAGACUGUGAUUCCAAGGAAAGUAACUGGCAAAUUCUCAAUCAGGCUAGUGCCAGACAUGACUCCAGCAGAUGUUGCCAACCAGGUUCAGGAUUACCUCACCAAGAAAUUUGCUGAGCUGCAAAGUCCCAAUAAGUUCAAAGUAUACAUGGGCCAUGGUGGAAAACCUUGGGUGUCAGACUUCAAUCAUCCCCACUAUAUGGCUGGCAGAAGAGCAAUGAGGACAGUUUUUGGAGUUGAGCCAGACUUGACGAGAGAGGGAGGAAGCAUUCCUGUCACUCUCACCUUCCAAGAGGCAACAGGCAAAAACGUAAUGCUGCUUCCUGUUGGAGCUGCAGAUGAUGGUGCCCAUUCUCAAAAUGAGAAACUGAACAGGUAUAACUACAUCCAGGGAGUGAAGCUGCUUGGCGCAUACCUAUAUGAGGUAUCACAACUAAGGGACUGAGCUAAGGAGGUGAAAAUCCCAAACAUGAAAUCAUUUUGUGGUUCAGAGUUCUGGAAAUCCUGCUGACGAGCGAGCUUAGACUACCGAAUACCUACAGCUUUACUUCUCUCUCCCCCCGCCCCCCCUCCAUUUUUCACCCACCAACACUCAAACUCCUGCAGCGGAAAAGCAUCAGGCCCCCACUCUAGAAAUCUUGGAACACCCAGUAGCAAAAUACUCUUCCAGUGCACACUCCACAUCUUCUGUAGCUGAAGAAAUGGAAUGAAGAGACCCUUUCUAAGGACUGUCUCCAAAAUCUGACAAGUGGUUCUGAAUCACUUCACACCUGCCCUUUCUGCUUCUUUGAAUCAAGCCUAUAGCUUGUCAUAGGCAUUCUUUCUCCUGGCUUGUUUAAAACUGAAGUGAGAACUAACAACUCUCCUCCAACUUAAUUAAACUAGCUAAUCCACUAAAGAACUCAACAUCUUGACCAUCAGCAGUUACUGAAGGAGGUUAAUCUAGACUCCAUGGUAAGUCCUGGAAGCACUCCAUGACAGACUACAAAGGGUAUACUGGAAUUCCUGCAAGCUGUAAUGGGGCCAUCUCUGCUGCCACGCUGACGAGGAGAGGGGUGGGAUUGCUAAUUUGUUGUAUGUAGCUCUUGCUGCUCAUGCUUGUUGCAUCAAGGUCUGCAGACAAAUCUGGAUAUAAAGCAUGCAAUGAAACUGGCAUUUUUCUAAAGCUGGCUUUGUUCUUAUGUAAAUUCUGCUAAAUUAAAAAAAAAAAAGAUGGCUCUAUCACUUGGCUGUUGGGUUUCUUUCAAAUACUUUAUCUGAGACUGUAAAGGUCUAUUCUGGCCCAUGAACACCAGCCCACCCCCAUAAAGGCCAUGAAAGAACUAAGUGGCUUUUUUGGUGCGAGAAUAUCCUGCUUAGAAGGAAAAGCAGGGAGGAGGGAGGGCAGCACUGAGUGCUAUGGGCAAUCAUAUCUGUUGCACGACGCCUUGGCAGCCCUGGGGAAGCUACUGUAGAUGUGAGCAUGAUUAUAAACCAUCUAAGAGUGAAAUGAAGUAUUAAAUCUUAUCUGCUUGCUGUGGAAAUGCUCAUAAUGAACUUCUGGUUGACCAUAUAGGAUUCAUUAAUAGGUGGAAGGCUUUCCUUUAUAGCCUACCUCUAGUUCUGGAAGUGUGUGUGUCUUUUUUUUAAAUACUGACUUUGCAUGCAAUGGUUCAAUUUCUAGGUGUGCUUAUUCCUGAACCAUGCAAAAACAUUCCAGAUAAAAUGCAGUUCCAUCUCUCAACGCUCCACUCCCCUUGCCUUGACACUUCUUAAUCUUCUGGACGAUGGACAGAGUUAACUACCUCUGUAAUACAAUCAAAAUAUGACUAAACCCCUCUGGGGCAGGGAGAAAAUACCAGCCAUGAUGUAAGGCAUAGGACAACAUCCCUGACUGUGGGAUAUACAUAUAUCUCCCAUUCAUCGGAGUGAACUUCUACAGACAGGGCCCAGAGAUGGUUCCGAAGGCCGACUCUAAGUAUCCCGACUGGCUUUUCCAGGUGCACCUCAGCCCCUCCAAGAAACUGGAGGAGCUGGACCCCGAGAUGCCCCAGUACUGGAGGCUCCUGCGGAAGCACAACAUCUGGUGCUGCAACAACCUGAGCAAGAGCAAGAAGUUUUAGGGUGGGACCUGUAUGGCAACACCCCUGCAGUUGCUGUGGCCCUGGGCCGGGGAAGGAUGCUGCACAAGGGCUCAAGGUGGGAUUUGGACAUGUCCUGUGAGACUGGAAACAGAUGCAGCUGGGUGGGUCCCCUGAGCUGGGAUCAGCUGGCACCUCCGCCCGGCCAGGGUCUCUUAUUUUUACUUUGAAUAGUGAAGACGACAAAUCAUGGCUGUAAUGGGGGGGUGGGGGAACAUGGAUGUACCACCUUUAUCCUGUAGUUAAGACACAUGUUGAAGACAAGAGUGAUUUUACAGCAUUUUUUAUAAUUUAAAAUUCAUCUUCCGGCUAGAUUUUUGCAAUAUUAUCACUUGAUAUCUCUUUUCCUAUAAUCUUAGGGCAUCAGGUUAUUCCUCGGUCAUUUAUUUGUGUCAGCAUUUCUUGUCUCCAAGGCCUUGCGUUUCUUGCAUUGUCUUACUUGUAUCUAAUACAUGAUUCCUCUACUGAUCUAUCUUAUACUUCUAUAAUCUUACAAAUUAACUCUAUUUAACAUAAAUUAAUAUAUACAAUAUAACAUAUUGAUUAAUCAUAUCACACCAUAAAUGGAUAAUAAAGUAGAAUCAUUGGCUACACACUUAAGAAAAAUCACAACAGUAAGUGAUUUACAAGUGAUCUAAUACUUUUCAUAAUAUUUAAAUUUGGUAUUUUAUGGUUUGGAAAACAGCCAUUUAUCUUUCUAUUUUAAAAAAAACCCUGUUAAUUUUCACAUCACUCUAAAAUUGAGAAUCUGACCUUACUAAAUCGCUUGUCCAGUUUAAGGCUGAAUUACCAACCACGAGGAUGAAUGAAAUCUCUAGGUAGAAUUAUAACCUACUGAGAUAAAUUUUGCAUACGCUGAAUUAUGAAAUCAAGGGGUAUCAAGGGGUAUCACUCAUGCAUUAUGGCUAAUGUUACACCAUUUACCAAAAGUGUGAUUCUACUAUAAAAAGUGACUAUGUAUAUAAGAAAAAGUACUUUCUUUCUUAAUAGACCUGCUCCCAGUUGGAUUCAAUCAAAUCUGCUGAUUUUAGUGAUAAAGUAAGUUUACUGCUUUUUAUUCCAGUCAGCGUUGUCGAACCAACAUACAUAGCCUAGAGCAGAGGUGGCCAACCUAUGGCUCUGGAGCCGCAUGCGGUGCUUCAGACGUUAAUAUGCGGCUCCUUAGCUAGGCACUGAUUCCAGGGCUGGAUAUCUAGAUGCUAACUUUCCAAUGUACCGGGGGGUGCUCACUGCUCAACCACCUGCUCUGCCCCAAGCCCUGUCCCCAUUCUACCUCUUCCCCCAAGGCCCCUGCCCCUUCCCCUGAGCCUGCUAUGCCCUUGCUCCUCCCCUCUUCCCCCCCAUAGCCUCCUGCGCAUGUGAAACAGCUGAUUGCGGGGGGAAGGGGGAAUAGGCCCUGAUUGUUGGGGGCUGCCAGGAGGCAGGAGGCACUAGGGAGUGGCUGCGGGGCUCCUGACGUAUUCCUGUGGCUCUUUGGCAAUGUGCACUGGUAAAUUCUGUCUCCUUCUCAGGCUCAGGUUGGCCACCCCUGGCCUAGAGAGAGAGAUGUAUUCUGAGUUCAGUUAUGUUAUCUAAUCUUUCUUGUGCACAUAAGCUUUUGUUGACAUGUUCUAAGUCCUUUUCUGUAACCCUGGAUAUUAACCUGUGGUAUGAGAAAUGUUAACACUGAUGAGCAAAACAUACAUAUUUUUAUAAAAAGGGAUAACAAAGAAAAAGACCAACCAGGUGUGGCUUUCCAUGUAGGAAGAGAAGAAGUGGGAAAGAAUUGCAAAAAUUUUUAGCUUCAAUACUACAUCAUGGUAAGUCCUUUUAAUUAACAGUGUGCCCUGGAUUUAGAUAAAGAACUGCAACUGCAAAAUUUGAAUGUCCAGUUUGAAAUGUGAGAGAACCGCAAAAAAGUCAGAUCCAUGUUGUGAAAGUUAAAAAUGGCAUCACCAAAGGGGUUGUGUUUAGCUACGAUAUUAAACAGCAAUCCAUGCACAGCCCUAUUAAAGAGGGGGCUAAUUCUCAUAUCCUCUCCAUUUCCCUUAACUGGGGAUAUUUUUUUUUCUUAAAAAAAAAUUGCAUAAUAACUUUGACCACAUUAGCAACUAUGGUCUGUCUCCUCGAGCCGUGUUUUGGUUGAAUUUACCUUUUAUAUAACCAAGAUGUAACUGUUCCAGUUUUUACCACUAAAAAGGCAUGUACAUCAUAAAUUCCUUUAUUCCUUGUUUGUUUUGCCAGUGGGAGUAGCCAUGGUUUUCCUUAUCUCUUUUCUGCAUGUCUCCUGUCUUCUCUUCUCUAAUAAAAACACACACAUGUACAUAC